AUGAGUAAAUAGGCAACUGAAAAAGUUCAAGAGUACAGAACAGAAAAUAAGUACGACCCAUAUUUAAUCAGAGAUACUGUCAACACAUACAUUGAAAAUCUUCUUGAAAAAAAUGAAAAGAAAACUUACACUUUUUCCAAUAAGUUCUUGGACACAAAGAUUGUAUUAGGUUUUUUAAUUUUGAUAGUCAUUUUGGUCUCUCACUACUAUCCUCUGCCUUUCCCUAAAAACAUUUACAUCUUAAUAGCUUGUGUUUCAAUUUAUUUCAUUUUGAGCAAUUACUACUCUCACUACGAAAACUCAGUUGAAGGAGAUACAUUCGCUUUAUUCACUGUUUCAGACAAGAAGGAAACUGAACAAAAAAGCAAAGAAGAAAAGGUUUUAUAUAGAUUUAAUUCUAACAUUGAAAUGCUCAGUGAUGAACUUGAACUCUCCAUUUCCGAAUAUAACUAAAAGAAGACUUAUCUAGCUUAAUAAAAAAUAAAAAUAAAUGAAUACUUUGACUAAGAUGGCUAUCUCUGCACUUCCAAAUUAUCCAAACUUGUUGAUAAAAUGCUUUCCACUAUCAAGUCAAAAUCUUAAUGA